CCAACUCUGCCAACCUAACCCCUGGUAAAACCCCAUACAUACCGCAAACAAACUAAUCGACGCGUCGGAAUUUCCACAUUUCCACAAGAUCCAACCUCUAAAUUAAGAAUGUAAACAUCAAAAUCGGUUCUUCGCUUCACAAAUAGCAUCAGACUGUCCCACCUGCACCGACCGAACAAAAACCGGCACCCAAAUGGACCCCAACGUGCCGCCACCGACUUUUCCUCCCCCAGGCAUGGGCACUCCACCCUUGAUGCCCCCGGUACAGAUGCCCCCGAUGGCCGGAUUUCAGCCCCUUAUUCCCCCGUUCAGUGUACCGCCGCCAGGCUUCGGCGGCUUUCCUCCACCUCCGAACCCAGCAGAGCAGUGGACAGAGCACAAGGCACCUGAUGGAAGGACUUACUAUUAUAAUUCUAUUACCAAACAGAGUUCAUGGCAGAAACCAGAUCAGCUAAAAUCUCCCUCAGAGCUGCUAUUGUCACAGUGUCCAUGGAAGGAGUAUGUGGCUGACAAUGGGAAGAUUUAUUAUCAUAACGUGAAUACAAAGGAGUCGAGGUGGAUCAUGCCCCCAGAGUUGGAGGAGAUCAAGAAGAAAAUCGCUGCUGAAGAUAAUAAGAGCGUUUCUGUAUCAGCUACAGCCACUCCCACAGAAGUUGCAAGCCCUGCCCCGCUGUCAGUGGGAUUGGUUGCUUCCAACUCAAAUUCACCAAAUGUGGCCGCGGCGGCGAGUCCUGGGAACAAGAGUGCCCUUGAAUCUUCUAUGGCGGCUACCUUAGCAGCCAUUAGUCUUCCAAACCCAACUAAAACUGAUGAAGAUAUAAUACCCGCAAUUCCUAGUGAAACGCCUAAAGAGCCUCCAAAGCCCGCCCCCGAGCCAGUAAAAGUGUUCAAAGACAAAAAAGAAGCAAUGGAGGCCUUCAAAGAACUACUCAAAAGCAAAAACGUCCCAUCAAACGCUACAUGGGAACAGUGCGUCAAAAUAAUUUCCAACGAUCCGCGUUACGAAACGUUCAAAAAACUAAAUGAGAAGAAGCAAGUCUUCAACGCGUACAAAACGCAAAAACAGAAAGACGAAAAAGAAGAAAACCGGUUGAAGGCGAAGAAAUCAAAAGAACAGCUCGAGGAGUUUCUGCUCAACUGUGAUAAAAUUGCGUCGACGACGAAGUAUUACAAGUGCGAUGAGAUGUUCGCACAUAUGGAGAUCUGGACGAGUGUCAACGAUUCCGACCGGCGCGAUAUUUACGAAGAUGUUGUCUUCACGUUGGCGAAACGUGAGAAGGAAGAAGCCAAAGUAUUGAAAAAGCGCAACAUGAAGAAACUGGCCGAGGUUUUAGAUAGUAUGACCAAAAUUAACUACGACACGACGUGGAGCGAAGCACAGGUUCUUCUAUUGGCGAACACGGCGUUCAAGAACGACGUUAAUCUUCUCGCGAUGGAUAAAGAAGAUGCUCUCAUUGUUUUUGAAGAACACAUUCGUGUUCUUGAGAAGGAGCAGGUUGAGGAAAAAGAGAGGGAGAAGAAGAGGAUGAAAAGACAGUGUCGGAAAAACAGGGAUCAGUUUUUGGCUUUGUUGGAUCAUCUGCAUGAAGAGGGGAAAUUGACGAGUAUGUCGUUGUGGGUGGAGUUGUAUCCCAUUAUUUCUGCUGACAUUAGAUUUUCUGCUAUGUUGGGACAACAUGGAUCUACGCCUUUAGAUUUAUUCAAAUUUUACGUGGAAGAUUUGAAGGCGAGGUUCCACGAUGAGAAGAAAAUUAUCAAGGAAAUUUUGAAAGAGAAAGAGUUUGAUGUUAAAGUGGAUACAACUUUUGAUCAGUUUGCAACUGUGAUUUGUGAGGAUAAGAAGAGUGCAACGUUAGAUGCGGGGAAUGUUAAGCUUACUUACAAUUCCUUAUUGGAAAAGGCCGAAGCAAGAGAAAAAGAACGCAUAAAAGAAGAAUCUAAACGUUUGAAAAAACUAGAAGCCAACUUUAAGAACCUUUUACGCGAAAUGAACAUCGAUUACGAACUAAGUUGGGACGAAGUUAAACCGAAACUGGAAAGCGAAGAAGAAUUUCAAGCUUUCAAUUCCGAAAGUGAACGAAUCAAAGUGUACAAAGACUUCCAACACGAAAUGGAAGAAUCUUGCAGUCAUCAUCAUUCCCGUUCGAAGAAAUCGAAGAAGAAGAAAAGCAAGAAGUAUAAAUCUUCGAGUAGUGAUUCCGAAAGCGAUAAGAAGAAGAAGCGUCGGUCGAGGAGCGAUUCAGUGAAUUCGGAAGAUAGCGAAGAGGAGUACAGGAAGAAGAAAUCGAAAAAGAAGCACAAGAGAAAGAGCCCUUCUAGAACUCCAUCAGAGGACAAACAUGUUAGUCGUAGACCAUCAGAACCAGACGCGAUUGGCAAGAGUGGUGAAAUGAGUGAGUCUGAAUUAGAGAAACAGAGGGCGCUUUUGUUAGCCCAAUUGAAAGAACCUGAAAGUGAAUAGGUUUAAAAAACGGGGUGGGGGUUAAGUAAGACGCCAUCUUGUAUAGAUUUACUGUAUUUUUUCAUACAUUACAAUCUUAAAUUACAUAAAAUAAAAUAGACAAAUUUAUGUUACAAAAAUGCCUUUUUCUUCUUGUAAAAAUUCAUGUAAAAUUGAUAAAAACGAAACACAUUAAAUGGCACUUAAAGUAAACUAAA